UUCAAUGGGGUGCCUGGUACCCACUAACACGUAUGAAGACAAGGACAAAGAGAACGAAGGUAGCGCUGCUGAAAAAUUGGCGAAAGGACAACCGGAAGAGGAAGACGUCAACGACGACGACGAGGACGAAGAGAACAACGACGAGGAAGAGCGUAACGAGAACGAGUUUAACGAGAAACAAAACAACAAUAUCCUCUCCGACUUCUUCUUCGGCGUCGAGGAUGACGACGAUUCAGACGACGACGACGGUUCGGAGAAACCGGUGGAAUCCUCCUACGAAACCUUCGGAAACACGAACGGAACCUCGAACGCACCACCACACCUCGCGUUACUCGAAAUCAAAGGAAAGAAAAGCGACCACUUUGGUUUCGUCAAAGUGAAGAAGCAAAGAGACCUUCUGGUAAAGCGCAUUACCAAGUUUGUUCUCGCGUAA